UACUGUAAUCUAUCGUAUAUGAAAUGUGAAACUGAGUAAGUAUUAUACAAAAAAUCAAACAUAUAUAUUUUGUGUAUUGAUAGUUAAGAGGUCUUUUUAAUAAACUUGUAAGGUAAUAAACUUAAUUCAAAGUAGAUUAGAAAUUAAAUUAGAAUCUAUAUAUUUGAUUAAGUCCAUCAAGAGCAAUUCUCAAUUUUUGUAUAUUUUGUAAAAUAUAUUCCUAUUUUCUUAAAGUUAGUGUAUCCAAUAUUCGUUUAGAGUAUGUAUUGCUUCUUCAUUUCUUCCAAUUAUUUUAGUAUGCCAACCUAGCAGACUUAGAUAAAGACUCAGUGGGGUUUUUUGACUAUCUGUUAGCUUAGCCUAUUGAAGUUCUGGUCCGGUUUUAUAAAAGCCGAGCACUUCUUUUCUGUGUGUCAAAGUCAAGUCAAAAAUGUCAACGAAAUUAGUGAUUGUUAUUCUGCUUCAAGCCGCCGUUGCUGUCCUGGCGGGCGUCUGUUUGAUACCUGAGCCCGUCAAGCGCCAACGAUCGCUGGUAAAUGAGCUCUUCAGGCGACAGCCACGCCUCGAUGGUCGCAUUGUUGGUGGCCAUCGUAUAAACAUAACAGAUGCACCACAUCAAAUCUCGUUGCAAACAUCCGACCACAUUUGUGGCGGCUCACUAAUCUCGAAAGAGUGGAUAAUAACGGCAGCUCAUUGCACCUUUGGCAAGCAAGCCAAUCAGCUACGCGUGCGGCUGGGCACUUCUGAAUGCUCCCGAAAUGGACAACUGCUAAACAUCAAAAAGAUUGUUCAACAUGAAAAGUUCAACUACUCGAAUAUCAACAAUGAUUUUUCGCUGUUGCAGCUGCAGGAACCAAUAGAAUUCGAUGAGACCAAGCAGGCUGUUAAGCUGCCGACACAGGAUCAAGAGUUUAAGGACGGUGAUGCGUGCUAUGUUAGCGGCUGGGGCAGCACACAGAAUCCUUUGGAGUCCCGCGACUGGCUGCGCCAGGUAAAGGUGCCGCUGGUCAACCAGGAGGAUUGCAAUAAGAAAUACAGUCGGUACGGCGGUGUGACAGAUAGCAUGAUCUGUGCUGGAUAUAUGCAAGGUGGCAAGGAUGCCUGUCAGGGAGAUUCUGGUGGUCCCAUGGUAAAUGGGGACGGCGUGUUGGUGGGCGUGGUGUCCUGGGGCUUUGGCUGUGCAAUGCCCAACUUUCCGGGCGUAUACUCCAGAGUAACUCAUGUUCGUGAAUGGAUCAAGGAGCACAGCGGUGUUUAGCUAACUGAAUGAAUGAAAUAAACGACCGAGGGAGGUUCCAGAAGUACCCGACCUAACAAAUAAAACACAAUAACUAUGAUUUAA